AUGACUGUCCAGAAACUGGUAGCCACAGCUGUGUUGGUAGCCCUGGUCUCACUCAUUCUUAACAAUGCAGCUGCCUUUAGCCCCAACUGGGUAUACCAAACGCUGGAGGACGGGCGCAAGCGCAGUGUGGGGCUCUGGAGGAUGUGCUGGCUGGCAGAGAGGAGCAGAGGGGGUGCAAGCACCAGUGCCAGGCAUGGGCAAGGGGACGAGCAGGAAUGUGAAGCCCUGGGCUGGGGUUCAGAGUCGGCUGGGUUCCAGGAGUCACGCAGCACUGUCAAACUGCAGUUUGACAUGAUGCGUGCCUGUAACCUCAUCGCCACGGUGGCUCUGACUGCCGGCCAGCUCCUCUUCGUCCUGGGGCUGAUGGAGCUCCCUAUCAUCUCCCAGGAUACCCAGUGGUGGGAGGAGGCCAUAGCUGCUGUGUUCCAACUUGCCAGUUUUGUUCUGGUUAUUGGACUGGUGACGUUCUACCGUAUCGGACCAUACACCAACCUCUCGUGGUCCUGCUACCUGAACAUUGGAGCCUGCCUUUUGGCCACACUGGCAGCUGCCAUUCUGAUCUGGAACAUCCUGCACAGGCGUGAGGACUGCAUGGCACCCCGGGUCAUCGUCAUCAGCCGCACCCUGAGUGCUCGCUUUCGCCGGGGCUUGGAAAACGACUAUGUUGAGUCACCAUGCUGAAAGAGCACACUUGAAAGGGGAAAGACCUCCAAGGAGACCUGCAUUGGAGUUAUUUUCUAUAAACAUAUGCUAUAAUUUAAGGGUUGAAAGACAUCACAAUAUUCACUUGUGUGGGGCAGAGGCCCUUGAUUAUUAUUCGGAUGGAUUCCAUCUAUAUACAUAUGUAUAAAACACAGUUUUAUAUAUAUAAAAUAUUAUAUUGCCCUCUCCUUCUGCUGUACAGCACAGAAUUAUUGGGUUGGCUGCAUGGCAGGAGGGUCAGCUGGAGAAGAUACCAAGCGUGUGCAAUGAGAAUACAGGAAAGAGAGAAUCAAACACAUUUUCUCUGUCCACAUCAUGUUCUCCUGCUCCCUAAAAAUAAACCAAAAAGCUAUAGGAGACCAGUGACAAUAGCUUGGGAGUUAACAAGCAAUCUGAAAAAGAAGAAAACUCACUACAGAUUAAGUGAUGGGUUUAAAAGCUGUCCAAAUUUCAUGAUUUUCUAGCCCUUCUAUUCACCUCUCUACAAGGAACAGAUUCUCUUUAGCUGCAACACCUGCUCCCA